AUGUCUGAUAUGAAGCACGGUUCAAACAGAGGUGGCAGGCGUCAUAUUCAAAGGAAUGCUUGGUCGGAUCGGGUGGGGUCGGGCAAACAGAUCAUAGUGUAUGGUGGUGCGGAAGGCUCAGAUCUUGAUGCAAAGUUGGCUAGACGCAAGGCACGAUUUGCCAAGGAAGAUACGCAAUUCCAGAGGGAUAAGGAGAAAAACUUUGGUCUUACUAGUAGAGGAGAAGAUCUAAGACUACAGACGGAUGAAAACGCUAGGACAAAGUUGUACGAGAACACCAUCAAAAGAAGCAGGCAGUUUAUUAGGGAAGGAGGAGAAGGAAGAAAUAGAGACGACAUCUUGAUGAAUUUCCGAAAACUUCGGGAAAGCAUACUACGGCUAGGCGCUACAGAGUCUAGCAAGAAGAUACUACUUGGCUCAAUGAGGUUUUCGGCUUGGAUUGGGCAUUACCAGUCAUAUAUUCCGACAAUUAACGAGCUACUCGAUAACCAACAUCUUGACAGCACAUUUCUUGACCAUAAAGAACUUGAAGAAGCUUGGAGCUAUCUUUGCUUGCACGUUGUCCAUUUUGGAAUGGAGUAUGAGAAAGGAUUUAGAAUAUUCUUUGACCACGUUAAAGGUAACGAGACGGUGUAUCGUUUGUUGGUCUCUUACACUACUAAGGAUUAUUACACAUGGAUGAAGAUUUAUAGUCUUCUUUCGAAGGAAAAGAAGGACUGGCAAAAAAUCAACUAUUUUAAAAUUCUUCAGUCCGCUGCUUAUGAUGUGGUGUUGAAAUCAGUGAUUAAACAACUGCAAUGUUCGUACUUUGUGCUGGACAGGAAGCUUAUAGAGGAAUUCACUGGGUUGCAAUACGAAAUAUUAGUCAAGAGAUUUGACUUGAAUUGGACUCUUGAUUUGGUUUCCUCGCUUGUAAAGCUGAGAGAAAGAGGUUCCAGGGAAAAAGGUGACAUAGCACAGAUAAAUUAA